AUGAAAAGCUCGUUACAGCUUAGCAAGGAGGCCGUUACAUAUCAAUUCAAUGGGAGCAUCCCAGUAAGAUUGUAUCUGAAGACUUGUGUGACAUUACUCGAAGAAGCGCAAAAUUCAUUUCAGAAGGGAAACGUGGAAAAGGCCUUUUUGAUGUAUGUUCGAUACGUGGACCUGUGCACGAAUAAGCUACCGACCCAUCCUGAGAUCCGAAGCACACAGCCUGAUGCUCAAUUCGGUUUAGUCAGACAAGAAUACAACCAGCUUAUCAAACUUGAAGUACCGGCAAUUCUAUCAAUAAUUGAGGAUCUGAAGAAAAAAAUCGAUCUGGAUCACCAGAUGCACACACAGUCCCUUGCUGCAUAUAUUUCCAAAGCAGCCCCGGGCAGUUCGUCCAGCAAGUUGGAGAACAAAAUCAAACUUCCGGCAAACUUCGACGAAGUCAGGUUCCGCCAGUCAGUAAUUGCCAUACGGACAGCUCCUAAUGAAAACCUUGUAAUUCAGGAGAAGGGCGAUGGUUCCCUCCUAUACCCGGAGCUUCCUCAACUCACCCCUCCUUUCCCGGCCUUUUUAUAG